CAUAGGCCUUGUUCAAACAUAAUGCACAAUGUGUUUCUGACAGGCAAUUGCUGUGCAUAGUGCUGCAGUAGUAUAAUGUUUUGAGAGGGGGUGGAGAAAAGGGAGGGAUGAUUGAGUCAAAGAAUCUGGUGAAGAAACUUAGCUUUUAACCUAACUGGAUCAACCUGACUAGCAACCUGCUGCAUUUGCUCUUUUGUGCUUCUCAUAAGAGGCUUCUCAUACAGGAAACGGGAGAGAGCGUAAUCAGAUAUCAUGCUCACUGUACGCAUAGGACAAAGGGUGCAUAAAACACAGGGCCCCACAAGACUUCUUCCAAUCAUAGCAGUGCUUGGAGUCUUUGCUGUUUUCUUUGCUGUUUUCCUCAUAAUGCGGUCUCAAAGCCACACCCUCUCCUGGUAUCCUGAGUUUCCUGGUCCAGAGUGGCUACAGGUGCCAAAUGUACCCCAAGAGACCACCUCCAGACAAAGACCAAGUCCGUGUGGCAUCCCAAAGCCCUGUCCAGAGGGGGACUUCAGCUGUUUAAUCACCAGUGGAGCUGCUAAUGUGGUUGCACCCAAAAUCUGCAUAGAGGGCAAAAUGGUUAUGGGUUAUGUGGAAAAAAAUGUAGGGUACGGAAUUAACAUUGCUGUUGUGAAUGGGAAGACGGGGGAGGGUAUGAAGACAGCAUUUUUUAACAUGUAUGAUGGUGAUAUUGAACCUCUGGUGGAGUUUCUAAAGUCCAUUGAGAAUGGAUCCAUUGUGUUGAUUGCCACCUACGACGACCCAGCUACAAAAUUGAACGAAGAAGCAAGGAAGCUUAUCAGAGAGCUUGGCAGCUCUGCUAUCCAGUCAUUAGGCUUCAGAGACAACUGGGUCUUUGUUGGAGGAAAAGGAGCAGAUGUCGCGAGUACCUUGGAGAAGCAUAUUAAAAACAAUAAAGACAAAAACAAGUAUGACUCCUGGCCAGAGAUGAUUGAAUGGCAAGGAUGCUUACCACGCUAUUUGGAGUGAUUGGUACCAAAAAUGUUGUUAUCCUGCCAGACCCCAUAUCCACUGUAAACAUUUGCACAUGUUGUGAUGUCUGUAUUACUCUGAAAAAUGCAUAAUAAACAACAGUUUGGCCUUGUC